AUGGCAAUGAGGACAUUAUUUGAGUUCGAAAUCGAUGACAAAUUAGUCGAGUCCUCGCCGACGAGGGACUGUGCUGUCCUCCGUGCGACCGUCCACGGGAAUCGACGUUCGGAGGGAUGUGAUGUUAUUGAAUGCGGAAUCGGAGGCGCAUCUGUCGCUCGCGGCUUUACACUCACGGCAUCUCGACCUACUCGACUCCUCGAUCUACGUAGUACACUCUCCCAUGUUUCGUCUGUAGCUCAAGACCAACGUGGAAGACAACGUGACGACUUCCCAACGAAGAUGUACGAGGACAUCAAACCGAAUACAAUUGAGUUUUUCAAUUCAAGAAGUCGCGUCAAACAUUAUGAUGCGGAGGAAAAAAUCGUUUUCCUCUUUGACUAUUCUACCAAACCGGUUAAGCCUUUUGAAGACGGAGUAAAUGGACCAUUAUUAAGCUCUGGUCAAGAAAUAAUCGACUGGAGAGUUUUGCGUGAAAUGAAAAAGGAGAACAAAUGGGGCGUGAUACGUCAUCCGAUGGUGUUAAAUUUUGUGAACGAACGUCUGCUCGAUUGUGCCUUCUUCUAUACUUUGCACGUUUUAGCGUUUGCUGUUUUCCUACUGCUGUUGUCGUCGCACAUAUUCUCUAGUACGCCUGCUAAAGACAUUGCAGUUACCGCGUUUAUUAUGUUGUUUUUGUUUUUUAUGCUGCUGAAAGGCGCCAUCAAGGCGCGUAUCUCGCAUUCGAUCUCUUUCUGCUACGACAAUUAUCAUGAGGAGCAAAAGAAAAUAGUCCUUUGGUUCCUGCCAAUUCUAGCAAUUAUUUCGGCUUGGGUGAAUUUUCUUUAUAUACUUCGAAAGUCUCCUUAUGGUAUCUACAUCUUUAUGAUGGUACGAAUUCUGCGCUCAUUUGGACAUAUCGCCACCAUCUGGAUUCCCACAUUGAUUGCGUUCUCGUUCGCCUUCCAUCUCAUCAUGAGGGAUUCGGGCACGGAACCGUGGGAAAGUUUUGACAAAAUCGAAAACGCAACGGUGAUUCAAAAAUUGUUCGUUAUUCUUCAAGCGAUAACUAAGACUUCUACGAUGAUGAUAGGAGAGGUCGAUGCUAACGACAUUCUGGGAACCCGUCAAUGGAUACCCAGCAUACUUGUACUCGUCUUUGAGAUCAUCACUGUUAUACUGUUGAUGAACCUUAUGGUUUCGCUCGCAGUGGGAGACGUGAGCGAUCUGCGAAAUUCGGCCCAAGAGAAACUGCUCAAAAUAAAAGUAAAUUUCGUCAUUGAAGCCCUUCAAUUGAGCGAACAAUUUGGUGUUGGAGGACUGCCACUACAUCCACUCCAUAAGAGAACAACGAACAAUGUGUUAGUGAUUCACACGGACGGAAGCUACUUCAGCACCUACGACCAGACCCUUCGCAUAGGAGGUGAACGACAUGAACUGAUCACUGCACGGACUCUUCGUGGUGACAAAGACAAGGCUUAUCAACUAUCGUUUCUAGAACCAGGGAUGAGAGUUCGGGUACAUCCAUUGCGAGGACGGCCACAUUCUGUCUUCUUCAGUAGCUGUACGAUGAAACUCGUCGAAACUAUUGACUCUGGAAUUCCAGAACUCGAAGUUGAUACGGAUAACUACGAGGAUUGUGAUGGCCUUAUGCGUCGGUACGCGAAGUGGAUCAUUGGUCUUGACUGGACAGGCUACAUCGAUAUGUGA